AUGACGGACAACGCGGUCGACGCGCCACCUACUGGCAACCUGAGCGCGGGAAAUCUGACGUGCGGCCAUGACAGUUUCUACCCGAGCUGCUUCAGUCAGUCUCGUAUCAUCCUAACCGCACUGUUCGUCACGCUGCUGAUGCUGUUCAUGGUCGUCGGCAACAUCAUGGUCGUUAUCGCCAUCGCCAGAGAGAAAAGUCUGAAACAGGUGCAAAACUGGUUCCUGGCGUCGCUUGCUAUGGCUGACAUGUUUAUUGGCGGACUCAUCGUACCUUUCACGCUUGCGCAGGAGCUCAUGGGGUACUGGUACUUCAGCGUCAUCUGGUGUGAGAUAUGGAAAGCUUUAGACGUUCUCCUUUGCACAGCUUCGACGCUCAGUCUGUGCGCGAUCAGCUUAGACCGGUACUGGUCGAUUACGCAGGCUGUUAAGUACGUGCAGAAGCGCACGCCGAUGCGCGUCGCCGUGCUCAUAGCGGCAGUCUGGAUCGUCUCUGGUGUCAUCAGCGUGCCGCCGCUGCUCGGCUGGCGUGAUGAGAUGGCGAGCGGGAACUACCCUUUGUGCGAGGUGAGCAGACGCAUCGGAUACGUCAUCUACUCGAGCAUGGGCUCGUUCUUCAUUCCCGUCAUCGUCAUCGUCUUCGUCUACUUCCGCGUCUACGUCGCGGCGCGGACGCGCGCGCGGCAGGGCGUGCGCAUGCGCACCGCCGAGACGACGACCGUCACCUCGUUUCGAAACAAUUCUCAGCAACAGGCCGUUGUCGGCAAGCCGCCGUGUAAGAACGCUGAUCGAGCGUACGUCAUCGACGCUCCCGUCGCUAAACCGGAAACGGAAGCGGAAACCCUGACGCAGAUAAACGGCGUCAACGUCAUGAACUAUGUACCGGAAGAGGCGACCCGGUUAGUCGACAAAAACGACGUCGUCGCUGCGGAUCCGCCCGUCGGCGACGACGAUGCGCGGACAAACAAGUACGUGCCCCUGCCGACAGUCGCGAAAUCCCCGAAGCGGAAGCCGGCAUUCUUCGCUCGUAUCGCCAUCGUGCACUCGCCGCUGAUCAGCAGCCGCAAGCGAGCGAACACUGGCUCGUCGGAAGAUCUGAGUAAAGACCCGACGAAGAACGCAGACCGGCAGAAGCGGCGGAUAGCGCGCGCGAGGGAGCGUCGUGCCACGAUUGUCAUAGGUAUCAUCAUCGCUGCCUUCAUCCUCUGCUGGCUGCCUUUUGGCUUCGUCUACGUCACCGAGGCGCUGUGCGACCACUGCCGCCUGCCACCGCUCACCUUCUCCAUCUUCUUCUUCCUCGGUUACUGCAACAGCGCGCUGAAUCCUAUCAUCUAUACGGUGUUCAACCGAGACUUCAGUAACGCCUUUAAGAGGAUGCUGGGAUGCGGAGGAGCGAAAGGCGCAGCUUCCUAUUGAGAUCGAUUCACUGUGUUUCGUAUUGAUUGAUUGAUUGAUCGAUCACUGUUUCACACUUAUCAUUUUACUGUUUCACACUGAUCAUUUUACUGUUUCACACAGAUCGAUUC